AUGCUCAAUUACCACAGUGCCCAUCCCCAAAGCACCAUCAUCAACGUAGGUAGGAAUCUCAUCAACAGGGCACGAUCAGUCACUACCAGGCCGGAAACAAAUAUAGAUGAUGUUUUAAAGGGGAUCCUCAGGAAGAACGAUUUCCCAGAGAGAGUGAUCGGGAGACUUUUGAGGGAACGUCCUUCACAGUCAGGUAGAUCGUCACCCCCGCAAAUCCUGCAGAUGGAAAGAUUUUACACCCUCACAUAUAUCAGGGGAGUUUCGGAGAGGAUGAGGACGAAAAUCACGAGAUCCACUGGAGCCCGGGUGGCCUUUCAACCGGCUAAAAAACUGAAGGAUUUCUUCACGAAGGUUAAGGACCCUAUCCCAAAACUCCAAAGGUCAGAUGUGGUGUAUUCUGUUCCCUGCAAUGAUUGUGGGCUGCAUUACAUUGGGACAACCAGCCAGCAACUGCAAAAAAGAUUACAACGACACAAGAGUGACAUUAAACCUCCAAUUAAAAACACUAAUGCAACAUCACUUUGUGCUCAUGUGGCAGAGACAGGGCAUUCCUUUAAGUUCGAGGAGACUGAAAUAGUAGACUUUCAUAGAUGCUAUGGGAAAAGGAUGAUGUUGGAGUCCCUCCACAUAAAACAGAAUCUGUCACACUUGGUAAACAAACGCUCGGAAAUUUCCGGUGUGCAUAAUGCAUAUGCAGGAUUGCUGCGUUGAUCAUAUGCCUGAGAAUGAGAGAUCACUUUGAUGGUUGCAUGAAACAUGGGAGGCGGUUUUUGACCAAGACAGAAGGUCAUCAAUUGAAAAAUCAAUUGAAAUGAAAAAACGUUACAAGAUCAAUUCAAGUAGAGAGCAGUUGGCUUGUGAUCAAUGUCCGGAGAGGUGCUACCCCGGCUAAAUCCUGUGUUUCCCUGGUGUUUCCUCAUUAGGAGCGGAGGAGUUAGAAUACGACAAUUUUCAGAGACAUUGUUCACGAUUUUCAGUGAGUUGAUAAAACAAAGAAAUGUAGUUUGAUUGUCUCGAAUAAAAUUUCCCUCCUUUUAGCCACUGAGGAAGGCGCGUUGUUAGCGUCGAAAGCUUUGGCAAAGAUCUACGUGUUUUUCUUGUCCUGAGAAGAUAAACAACCCUGACGCAACCGGAGGAAGUGUUCGUCUUCCUA